CUCUCCUGUUCCCAAAAAAGCAUGCGUGAACGCAGUCAAACCACCCCGCGAAGGCGUCGAACUGGACCCAAACAGGCCUUGCCUCCUGGCAGCUCCUCCGAGGGUGUGGGCGCCCUGGAAUCCCCUUACUACACCAUUGACAACACGGAGGAUAUCUAUGGCACAACCUUGCUGCCUUCGCAGCGUUGCUAUGUGGAUCCUUGGGACCUAGAGAACUAUGAUUAUGUGCGAAAAAAGAUCGAUGAUGUCACCAUGGGUGGUCAAGAGGUGGUAGAGCCCGCCUAUGGCAGUGGCAACAAUUCCAACAACAAUUCCCUAACACCCAGUCCCACUUAUGGCUACGGCAUGGGCAUGUCCGCUACGAUGCCAAGGCCCCACACCCAGACGCGUCGCGUGUCCCGGGCCCAGUGCCAGCUGGAGUGCUGUGUGCCCCAGAGGAGUCACCAGAGUCGGAGUAGGAGGAGGAGCCGUAGUGCCCGCAAGGAGCCUCUGUAUACGGCCAGAAGUGAUGUCUAUGGUGCGCCCAGUCGCUACGAGGACUACAUGGCCACCAUGACCAGGCAGUUGCACCUGGAUGAUAAUGAGGCGGAAGAGGAGCAGGAGGAACUAUAUGGUGAAGAGCAGCGUCAGUUGUACAAUGGCUUUGGGGGCUUCUCUAGUACCAGCUCCAUGGAGCAUCCUUCCUCAAUUGGAGAUGAACGUCCUUUGCCCUCUCGGCGGGCUGCCACUCUCCAGCGCCGCUCUGUGCCCAGUCAAAAUCACAUGGCCAGUGGCUAUGGAACAGCCCCACAUCCGAGGCGCAAGCGUAGCGGAAAGAUGGCCACUACAAAUCCACCACCCCAGAUCGACUUUCCCGCCCCGCCACCGCUCUCGCCCGCUUACGACUACUGCAAUCCGUACGCUACACUGCCGUACUGCAGCAUAACGGAUUGCAGCGAGUGCCAGCAGCAGGCCACGUCGCUUAUAUACGCCGCUCCAUCCACCCUCUAUGGCACCUUGGGUGUGGCGGAUAGGACAUUGGAGCGUCGUGGGGCAUCGCCGCACUCCAGCGGAGGCGACUCCUCGCUCUACUCGGGAAUUUACGCCCGUAAAUUCGGACUGAGCAAGAAGGGUCUGCUGCAGAUUGAUUAUUCCUGCAGCUGGAAUGAUCUGGACCGUGUGAUGCAGCGUCAUUACUGAGCUCUACAAGGGAAAGACAUGGGCCACGGGUGCUUGGGUUAGGGUUACCUUCACGCUACACCGAUCAUCGAUCACUGAUCGCGGACAGAAACAUUAAUGUAAUUAAGUCAUCUUGCAUAUAAAACACACAUAAACACACACAAUACCAAAUAACUGAACAUGUU